UGUAGAUGGACUAAAGGGGUUAGUUUCUAUUUAAACAAACUCAGUUGAUCAGGUAGUAUUUCUUCCAAUCUAUCAGUCUCUAAGAAGAUGAGAAAAUGACUCUUCCUAGACUUGCCUGUGUGUUUUUGCUCUAUGCUUCGUGUCUGGUCUGCCCUAACGAUGGUGUUGAGAUUAUCAAUGGUAAAGAAGUGGUCCCUCACUCAAUGCCCUACAUGGCUCUGCUGGAGAACAAGCAAGGACCAAUUUGUGGAGGAACGCUGAUUAGUCCAAAAUGGGUCCUCACUGCUGCGCACUGUUACAAUGGAACUAAGAAGUUUAACAUUAACAAAGUGAUGCUGGGUGUGCAUAACCUCAAAAAUGAAGAAAAUGAUUCUAGGCAAAUCAGAGAAGUAAAGGACUUCAUUAUACAUCCAUGUUAUGACUCACAAGAGAAAGUCAAUGACCUCAUGCUGAUAAAGCUUGCUAAAUCUGUGAAGGAGACAAAGACAGUGAGUGUGCUGCCUCUGCGUAAAAGUGUAGAGGACCCACCAACUGGCAGCACCUGCCUGGUCGCAGGAUGGGGCUACACCAAAAACAAAGCGAAGAAAGGCUCAGAUGUUUUGAUGUCUGUCAAUGUGACUGUGAUCGACAGAGUCAAGUGUAACUCUAAGCAGUACUACAACUUCAAACCCACAAUCACCAGAGGACAUAUAUGUGCAGGCUCAGAUGGGACCAAUGUUGCAGACUCCUGCAAUGGAGAUUCUGGAGGGCCACUGCUCUGCAAACGAAAUUUAGUUGGUGUUACUUCCUUUGGAGAAGACUGUGGACGCAUCCAGAAGCCGGGAGUGUAUGCAUUUCUCACAGAAAAACAAAUUAAGUGGAUAAGAAAAUAUGUUAAAUAGUCUCAGGUCUGAUUUUUCGUGCUACUUACCUCUUCCAGCACUCCAAUUUAGUCUCUUUUUAUGUUUGUUAUAUUUGUUAAAUAUUAUAUUUUAAAUAAAAUUUGUGAGAUUGAAAUGAAAA